CCUCUUCUCCCUCGCCCCGCCCACUUGGGUUUCGAAAUGCUCGCUGGUUGUUCCGAGAAUCAGUCCGGGUCACGUUGGUUCCUCUCCUUUCCUGUUCUCAUUGGUUGCUUACGUGAGCGUGACUACUUUCUUGCCUCAUGAUUGGCUAAAAUCAGGAGCGUCAUCGGCGGCCGGGAGGGCGGAGGGAUGAGGGAAGUCGGCGUGAGGGAGACUGGGUUGGGGGAGGGGUUCAGGCCUGUUCCCCGCGGCUGCGGCAGCACCAGCGCCGGCCGCCACCGCCUCUGGAACGCGGAGGAGGUGGGUCCUGGGAAGCGGGAUGUCCAUCGCUCCAGCUUGGUGGUGAAUGCUGAGGAGAGUCACUGUUGCUGCAGUCUGUGCCACCCGGAGGAAGUUGUGUGAGGCCGGGCGGGAGCUCGCGGCGCUCUGGCGAAUCGAAACGCGGGGUCGGUGCGAAGACUCUGCUCCUGCCAGAUCCUUUCCUAUUCUGGCCAUGCCUGGAAGGAACAAGGCGAAGUCUACCUGCAGCUGCCCUGACCUGCAGCCCAAUGGACAGGAUCUGGGCGAGAACAGCCGGGUUGCCCGUCUAGGAGCGGAUGAAUCUGAGGAAGAGGGACGGAGGGGGUCUCUCAGUAAUGCCGGGGACCCUGAGAUCGUCAAGUCUCCCAGCGACCCCAAGCAAUACCGGUGAGGGAGGAGGCUUGCACUGGGGAGGCGAACAGUGUGCCGGCUUCUCUGUCGGUGCCGCCGUGACUUCUUGUCUCCAUGUCUCCCAGUGGAGCAACAGGGCACACUUUCCACCCCAAAUGCUUUCGUGGGUGGAGGUGGCAAGCGUGAUUAGAGGCUUCCCUGUGGUGUCAGCUGGGCAAGUGGGAAAUCUUGGGUUCUAAGAUGUCAGAAUGGGAGAAGCUUAUCGAGUCAUUUGAAUACAGUCGCUAAAGCAAGAAUGGAGGUUUCUUUGAGGAACGCAGCCUGAAUGAUACAUCAAAUUACAGAAUGGCUUGCAGGCGCUUUUGAUUUCAGACCUAAGUAAUAUGGAAGGUAAAACAGGAAAUACAACAGAUGAUGAAGAAGAAGAGGAGGUGGAGGAAGAAGACGAAGAUGAUGACGAAGAUUCUGGAGCUGAAAUAGAAGAUGAUGAUGAAGAGGGUUUUGAUGAUGAAGAUGAGUUUGAUGAUGAACAUGAUGAUGAUCUUGAUACUGAGGAUAAUGAAUUGGAAGAAUUAGAAGAGAGGGCAGAAGCUAGAAAAAAAACUACUGAAAAACAGUCUGCAGCGGCUCUUUGUGUUGGAGUUGGGAGUUUUGCUGAUCCAGAUGACCUGCCGGGGCUGGCACACUUUUUGGAGCACAUGGUAUUCAUGGGUAGUUUGAAAUAUCCAGAUGAGAAUGGGUUUGAUGCCUUCCUGAAGAAGCACGGGGGUAGUGAUAAUGCCUCAACUGAUUGUGAACGCACAGUCUUUCAGUUUGAUGUCCAGAGGAAGUACUUCAAGGAAGCCCUUGACAGAUGGGCCCAGUUCUUCAUCCAUCCACUAAUGAUCAGAGAUGCAAUUGACCGUGAAGUUGAAGCUGUUGAUAGUGAAUAUCAACUUGCAAGGCCUUCUGAUGCAAACAGAAAGGAAAUGUUGUUUGGAAGCCUUGCUAGACCUGGACAUCCUAUGGGAAAAUUUUUUUGGGGAAAUGCUGAGACGCUCAAGCAUGAGCCAAAAAAGAAUAAUAUUGAUACACAUGCUAGAUUGAGAGAAUUCUGGAUGCGUUACUACUCUGCUCAUUACAUGACUUUAGUGGUUCAAUCCAAAGAAACACUGGAUACUUUGGAAAAGUGGGUGACUGAAAUCUUCUCUCAGAUACCAAACAAUGGGUUACCCAGACCAAACUUUGGCCAUUUAACGGAUCCGUUUGACACACCAGCAUUUAACAAACUUUAUAGAGUUGUUCCAAUCAGAAAAAUUCAUGCUCUGACCAUCACAUGGGCACUUCCUCCUCAACAGCAACAUUACAGGGUGAAGCCACUUCAUUAUAUAUCCUGGCUGGUUGGACAUGAAGGCAAAGGCAGCAUUCUUUCUUUCCUUAGGAAAAAAUGCUGGGCUCUUGCACUGUUUGGUGGAAAUGGUGAGACGGGAUUUGAGCAAAAUUCUACUUAUUCAGUGUUCAGCAUUUCUAUUACAUUGACUGAUGAGGGUUAUGAACAUUUUUAUGAGGUUGCUUACACUGUCUUUCAGUAUUUAAAAAUGCUGCAGAAGCUAGGCCCAGAAAAAAGAAUUUUUGAAGAGAUUCGGAAAAUUGAGGAUAAUGAAUUUCAUUACCAAGAACAGACAGAUCCAGUUGAGUAUGUGGAAAACAUGUGUGAGAACAUGCAGCUGUACCCACUGCAGGACAUUCUCACUGGAGAUCAGCUUCUUUUUGAAUACAAGCCAGAAGUCAUUGCUGAAGCCUUAAAUCAGCUAGUUCCUCAAAAAGCAAAUCUUGUUUUACUGUCUGGUGCUAAUGAGGGAAAAUGUGACCUCAAGGAGAAAUGGUUUGGAACUCAGUAUAGUAUAGAAGAUAUCGAAAACUCUUGGGCUGAACUGUGGAGUAGUAAUUUCGAAUUAAAUCCAGAUCUUCAUCUUCCAGCUGAAAACAAGUACAUAGCCACGGACUUUACGUUGAAGGCUUUCGAUUGCCCUGAAACAGAAUACCCAGUUAAAAUUGUGAAUACUCCGCAAGGUUGCCUGUGGUAUAAGAAAGACAACAAAUUCAAAAUCCCCAAAGCAUAUAUACGUUUCCAUCUAAUUUCACCCUUGAUACAGAAAUCUGCAGCAAAUGUGGUCCUCUUUGAUAUCUUUGUCAAUAUCCUUACGCACAACCUUGCGGAACCAGCUUAUGAAGCAGAUGUGGCACAGCUGGAGUAUAAACUGGUAGCUGGAGAACAUGGUUUAAUUAUUCGAGUGAAAGGAUUUAACCACAAACUACCUCUACUGUUUCAGCUCAUUAUUGACUACUUAGCUGAGUUCAAUUCCACACCAGCUGUCUUUACAAUGAUAACUGAGCAGUUGAAGAAGACCUACUUUAACAUCCUCAUCAAGCCUGAGACUUUGGCCAAAGAUGUGCGGCUUUUAAUCCUGGAAUAUGCCCGUUGGUCUAUGAUUGACAAGUACCAGGCUUUGAUGGAUGGCCUUUCCCUUGAGUCUCUGCUGAGCUUCGUCAAAGAAUUCAAAUCCCAGCUCUUUGUGGAGGGCCUGGUACAAGGAAAUGUCACAAGCACAGAAUCUAUGGAUUUCCUGAAAUAUGUUGUUGACAAACUAAACUUCAAGCCUCUGAAGCAGGAGAUGCCUGUGCAGUUCCAGGUGGUAGAGCUUCCCAGUGGCCACCAUCUAUGCAAAGUGAAAGCUCUGAACAAGGGUGAUGCCAACUCUGAAGUCACUGUGUACUACCAGUCAGGUACCAGGAGUCUGAGAGAAUACACUCUCAUGGAGCUGCUUGUGAUGCACAUGGAAGAACCUUGUUUUGACUUCCUUCGAACCAAGCAGACCCUUGGGUACCAUGUCUACCCUACCUGUAGGAACACAUCCGGGAUUCUAGGAUUUUCUGUCACUGUGGGGACUCAGGCAACCAAAUACAAUUCUGAAGUUGUUGAUAAGAAGAUAGAAGAGUUUCUUUCUAGCUUCGAGGAGAAGAUCGAGAAUCUCACUGAAGAGGCAUUCAACACCCAGGUCACAGCUCUCAUCAAGCUGAAGGAGUGUGAGGAUACCCACCUUGGGGAGGAGGUGGAUAGGAACUGGAAUGAAGUGGUGACACAGCAGUACCUCUUUGACCGCCUUGCCCACGAGAUUGAAGCACUUAAGUCAUUCUCAAAAUCAGACCUGGUCAACUGGUUCAAGGCUCAUAGAGGGCCAGGAAGUAAAAUGCUCAGCGUUCAUGUUGUUGGAUAUGGGAAGUAUGAACUGGAAGAGGAUAGUACCUCUUCUGGUGAGGAUUCAAAUUCUUCUUGUGAAGUGAUGCAGCUAACCUACCUGCCAACCUCUCCUCUGCUGGCAGAUUGUAUCAUCCCCAUUACUGAUAUCAGGGCUUUCACAUCAACACUCAACCUUCUCCCCUACCAUAAAAUAGUCAAAUAAACUGCAGUCGCGUUGGCCUGAAGCAAUGUGUAUUUUAAAAUGUGUUUGUAUUUUAUGGAGUUAUACUACUGCCUUAGGGCUUCCACUGAAGUUUUGCACUGGCAUCAUAGCAUUUGAUUUACUUUUUAUCCUUUCUUUGUUGAGACUAAUAAACCCAGGGUUACUGUAGGAGCUGGCAAAGGAAGAUUAGCAGAGUGGGCCAAAUGAGACCAGAAAGCUUGCAGCAGCACUUUGAGAAGCCCUGGCCUGUGUCCUCUCAGACUGAGAAUCCACUUCUUGAAAGGCCUUAUGUAACCAGUAUAUUGAAUAACUAAAUGCUAGGUAUUAGUGUUAGUACCUAAAUGCUAGGUACUAACUCCUGUGUGGUUUUUUUUUUUGAUGUAUUUUUAAAUAAAGAUAGUUCUGUAUUUCCCUUCA